AUGCAACAUGAUUACAGACACAUCAUAUUCACGCUACGCCCAAUACACAUAUCCGUUUGGUCGAAGAUGGAUCCGGCCUACGCAAUGAUGGAUGCGCAGAGUUUGGGUCUGAGGCUCGAUGAGGUGCUUCACAAAUUUGCUACGCGCGAGGAAGACAAUAGUGACGACGCCAGACUUCUUGCAGAUAUCGCAGGUCUCACGGAAGUUAUAGAUAAAAUGAUAUCGCCGUCUUUGUCAGCAGCAUCAGAAGCAGCGGAAAAUGAGGCAAUGGUCAGUCUCCCAGUAAAAACACUUGAAGAGUUGCGUUUUCUUGGAUGUGCAUGUUGGAACAUGACGGUGCGACACGUUUCCAGGGAAGAUUCCCGGGAAGAGCAGACAUUAAAAGCCUCGUUGCGUGAGUUUGCCACGAAGGCGUUUCUUCUCGGCAACUAUGCCUACGCAUCAAGCGAUGUUUCUCACAGCUACUUCACACAGCACCCACGUGAGGCGGAACAAUGUGUGCUAAUGUGCCUCAAGACUUCGCGAGACUUGUCGCUUUGCGGUGUGGCAGGUAGUGCAAAAAGACUUUUGUCCUUGGGCGAAAGCGUUGCAUCUUACAUACAAACCGGCGUUCAAAAUAGUCUUGCUUACAUAAAACAUCGUAACAUGCGUUGGGAGUUUGCGUACACAGCCAUGGAUAUUAAUUGGAAUGUGACCCAUUACAAGGAAUCCUGCGAGGCGGCAAAGAAACUU